AUGCCACCAAUCAUGAUUUUCUACGAAGGGCAGUCGGAUGAGGGAGGUUGCAAAGGAUUAUCUUCUGCGAACUUGGCCUGUCAGAAACCUCCAUCGUGUAACAAGCCAAAACCUCCUGUGGGCAAGGUUCCGCCGCCAACUAAGCGGGCGCGAGCUAGAGGAUGCCAUUCAACAUGCGUAUUUCAAGAUAAGUUAGCCUACCGAUAUACCAAACAAGGAAAGCCGUUUGCGAUAAAGGCAGAUCUUGAUAAUUGGAUGCUUAUGCUCCCGUUGGAGUCCAUGAAAGAAUGGUGCAAUUUGCCAGCUGAUCACCUCAGUUUCAUGAACUAUGUUGAGAAUGCGUCGGCUAUAGGAUACCAUACCAAUGCUGACUGUCAAACGCACAUCAACGCCAUCCUCGCAUACAACCAAAAGAAACACACUGAAUGGAGCAAGUUCAAUCCAAUUGAGGUAGUCAGUAAUGUGCUUAUGCAUUAUGCAACUUCAUUGGUUCUUGGACCAAAAUUCUCGCGAGACCCCAUUCUCAUGCAACACAUAACCACCCAUGUCUUGGGGAUUGAGGAAGUUAUCAACGAAUUUGCUCGCUGGCCAAGAUUCUUAUUUCCAUUACUCUGGAGAUUGUCCCCUGUUCACCGUAAAUUUCGCUCCAAUAUCUCAGUUGUCAGAAAGAACGUCGUACCCGAAAUCAAGCGCCGUGUGCAGCUUCUCCGACUUGGGGAAUCAACUGGCGAAGAUAUGAGUAUGCCGACCAUCUUUUUAAAGCAAGCUCUCAAGGAGGGCCUUCUUUCGAUGAGUGGAAAUACAAAGACAGAGGAGAACGACAUUGAAAGUCUCUUCAUGAAAACAUUGUUCCAUAUUUAUGAGGUCUGGGGGCCUAUCACUCCACUUUUGAGUGCCAUGUUUGUUCGUUGUAUGGCAAACCCUGAAUACGUCGACGCAUUGAGAGAGGAGGUCUCAGGCUCCCUUGAAUCUCAUGGAGGCUGGAACUCCAAUUUUUUGGCGCAUACACCAAAGUUGGAAAGCUUCAUGCGCGAGAGCUUACACAUGAAUCUUCCAAAGGGAACUUGCAUUGGAAUACCGACGAAAUGCGUCCAUGGGGACCCUAGGAACUACCCAGACCCAACAACGUUUGACGGCUACCGGUUUUAUGAUGCGGAUUCUAAUACAUGUACCGCGCGUGCAUCGACAGCUUCUGAGAAAUUCCUAGCGUUUAGCUAUGGCACUGGACUCUGUCCUGGGCGGUUUAUUGGUGUGAAAGUUUCGGAGAUUCUCCUGGCAAAAGUGCUCUUGGAUUUUGAUAUGCAGUUUAUAUCGAAAGGUCAGGAGUUCCCAUCAUAUGUCCUGAUGGAAAACACUUGGUCGUGGUUGGACACAAACCUCACAGCGUAUGUACGGAGCCAUAGGUGA